UCCGUCUGUUCAUGCUGUGGAGAACACGUUAAAAAAGAGUUUAGUGUUCUCACUCGCUUCACUAAAGCAUCAGUUUAUACUCCCGCCUGCGAGAGUAGGACGGUGAGGACAUCCCAGUACGGACUUUCGGUCAUUCGAGAAAUAUUCAAAAUAUUGAAACACCCACAAAUUAGCCGGGCCGAGGAGGGAGACGCGCUAAAGAGACUUUUCAAAAAGUUUUAUCACCGCAGCGCUCAGACGCUACCAAACGCCGGUACCGACUACAUCCACAUCCAAUACCCACUAAUACCUAUCAAUAGUUAUUUCAAUUGACAGCUUUCAAAUUCAAAUUCAAAGUGUUUCCUCAUCUCGAAAGGGACUAUUUCCAGUUCCUUUUGACUUCUUCUUUUUUCUUUUUGUUUCCUCUUGUGUUGUGAAUUAUCAAGAUGUGUCUUUGGAACACGUAAUUAAGAGGCGAAUUGUAGAGACUGUUCUCUUGUUAUCGGGAGACAAGAGCUAUGGUGUUGAUUAGAUGUGCCAUUGCGGCAUUGCUGCUUCUUCAUGUUCUUCAUGUAGCUGCGGACAAUAGUCAUCAGAAUGAUGACUUGGUAUUUGAUUCAGAGGGAAAACAGUCGCCACUUUCAAUUCCAGUAGCUGAUAACACUGAGGACACAUUCUUCAGUCGAGUUAAAAGGCAAUUGAAUUUAUUUGAUUGGUUCAAGCCAGUGACUACUACAACAGUGGCUCCAAAUACAGAAUCAACUACAGAAGCUUUAACAGAAUUUAUCCAUCCUACUACUGCACAGCAUCAUCGACCUGCUAGAAAUAGUGAAGAGAAGACUGAUGAAUCGAAUUAUGUGAAUGGAAAUGUCGAUGCAAAUGAAGAAGACAAUGAUAUCGAAGACACGGCUCCCUCAAGACACAGAUCUAAUUACGAUAAUCCAGAUGAUGAGGAUCUUGCUGCUGGCUCUGGUGAGGUCGAAGGAAGUGCCACUGAUGAUUCGAUUGAUAUUACCGGACGGCCAGAUGGAGAAAGACAAGCCACCUUCUACCGAAUUACUGUGACUCUACAAGAACCGUACAUCGCUGAAUACGCUGACAUAAGGAGUCCCCAGUACGUACAGUUGAGCAGAAAUUUGACACAAGCACUCGAUGAAUUGUUGUCUCAACGCAUUCCCAACCACGAUCAUGUCGCCAAUGUCGUCAAGAUAUCACCAACCGAUGAUGCCUUUACUUCGGAGGUAAUGCUAGAUGUCGGAUCAACUACUCCUCACGAGUCUCAAGUGCGGGAAAUUCUGGAAGAGCAGUUGCAGAUGCAUGUGCUUGGAAAUGUUCAGGUCUCUCCCGAAGGAUUUACAUUCCGUAGUUUUCCAGAGUGUUCUGAGCACACUCACCUUAAAUGUAGAGAUGGUACUUGCGUGCCUUUGAGUGCACGUUGCGAUGGUGUAGCUCAGUGUCCAGAUGAGUCUGACGAGUCUGACUGCACGGCAAGAACUACUGAGGAAACUCGAACCGAGACAGUUUACGAGAGUGAAACCGAGUAUCCAGGUAUUCUAUCACCCACUCAUAUUACAACGCAGAGCAGAAAUUCACCAGAAUCUUCCCCUGGGAAUAAUUGUCGUGGCGAUGAUGCAGUUCCUUGUAAGGAUAGAAGUAGAUACAUUUGUUCGGUGCAAGAGUGCGAUGGCAUUCCUGAUUGUGAUGACGGUAGUGAUGAGAAGGGUUGCGAAACGAGCUGUGGAAGUGACGAAUUCUCCUGUGACGUUGGCCGGUGCAUCCUGCAGAGGCAACGGUGUGAUUUUAUCCAGAAUUGUGAUGAUGGCAGUGAUGAAAGAAAUUGCAACUAUCCCGCCUGCACUCCACACGAAUUCCGUUGUAGAAAUCAUCAGUGCAUAGACAACCGAUUGCGAUGCAAUGGUAUAGCAGAGUGUCACGAUAAAUCAGAUGAGCUCAACUGCCCAUGCAAAGACAACGAAUUUGAAUGCGCCGCUGGGUAUUGCAUUUCGAUACAUCGGAGGUGCGAUGGAGUUAACGAUUGCUCCAAUAAAAGGGACGAGGAGAACUGCCCCAUUCACAAAUACUGUAGAAGCGAUGAGUUCGAUUGUGGUGGUGGUCAAUGCAUCAAUGGUACAGCAAGGUGCGAUGGCCGAAACGACUGUCCUGACAAUACCGAUGAGACAAAUUGCAGUGUGACGACAUGCAGCAGUGAUCAAUUCCGCUGUCUCGAUGGUUCCUGUGUGGGAAUCGAUAAAAGAUGCAACGGUUACAGCGACUGCAGAAACGGCGAAGACGAAAGUCAAUGUGGUUGUGGAGCUGGUGAGUUUCGUUGCAGCGACGGCCAGUGCAUCGCGAACAAUUUGCAGUGCAAUGGGUUUAAUGACUGCCAAGAUGGAUCGGACGAGCGUGAUUGUGACCGGGCCUGUACGCCCACACAAUUCAAAUGUGCCACUGGGGGCAAAUGCAUUGAAGAGGUCUACAGGUGUGAUGGUCAUUCAGACUGUCCUGACAGAAGCGACGAGAUCAACUGCAGACACAAAGGAGCCAAAAAUAAUACCGUUGACAGCGGCUCGCAUACCAAUGGUAGCAGUUGGGUAACAGAGAGACCUGUGGAAUGUAAUCCCAGUUACGAGAUGCGAUGUGGCGAUGGUAAAUGCAUACCGUUGAGUCUUAAAUGCGAUUCUAUACCCGAUUGUGAUGACUACAGCGAUGAGCGCGAUUGCGAGACAACCUAUUGUCCUGAUGGUCAGGCAGCUUGUGCCAAUGGUAUCUGCAUUCCAAAACAAUUCUUCUGCGAUAGAAAUCAGGAUUGCCUUGAUGGCAGUGAUGAGAAAGAUUGUCCUGGUGUCACACCACCCUAUCCACCCCCAAGUGAAUGCAGAGCAAACGAGUACACGUGUCAUGAUCGUACCUGCAUACCUCAGUCAGCAGUUUGUGAUGGCAGACAAGACUGUUCGAGAAAUGAGGAUGAACUAGAUUGCAGACGAGGUAUAGAUGAUACAUGGCAUAAAAGCACACCAAUCAUCUGGAAUACAUCAGUCAGCAUGACCGAUACAGUGGAUUAUCAUGAUCAAUUUGGCGUUGAUUAUCAUGGAACGACAAAACUAAAUGGAUCAAGAAAUUGUACACCCACUGAUUUUAAAUGUGCCGAUGGAAAUUGCAUACCCGCAGCCCAUCGGUGCGACAAUUUCUACGAUUGUCGUGACUUUACCGACGAACAGUACUGCUUCGUUGAAUCGACAACAGUACAACAAGCAGGUGAUCGUCGCUGUCCUCCAGGAAAAUUCACAUGCAGGACAGACAGGAUUUGUGUACAUGACUCAUCUCGUUGCAAUGGAAUUCCCGAGUGCAGAGAUGGAUCUGAUGAAGAAGGAUGUGACACUAAUGAGACUGAUGGCCUCAAGCUAACGACGUAUCCGAGCGAGCAGAUAAUCAAAGAAAGUCGUGAAGUGGUAUUCCAAUGUCGUGACGAGGGUCCCCUUCGAGCACCCGUUCGUUGGACUCGUGGCAACAGUCUGCCUCUGCCUCCAGGCUCUCGAGACAUAAACGGUCGCCUAGAAAUUCCAAAUAUUCAAAUGGAGCACGCAGGGAUCUACAUGUGCGAAGCCAUAGGCUUUCCUCCAUCGACCCCAAAUCGAGUUAUAACGGUUCACCUACAAGUGGAGAAGUUCGAACCACCAGCAACACGCCCUCCUCAAGUUUGCAAAUACAACGAGGCAACUUGCAGCAACGGCGAUUGCAUUCCCAAAUCAUUGGUUUGUGAUAAUAAAUUUGACUGCACCGAUGGCUCCGAUGAGAUGCGCUGCAAUCCCCAUGGGUGCGAGCCAAAUCAAUACCGUUGUAAAAGCAAAGAGUGCGUUUUGAAGAUCUGGAGAUGCGAUGGAGAUAAAGAUUGCACUGAUGGCAGUGACGAGGAGAACUGUGGAACCCCCUCACCAGGAUCAGUCUGCAGGUCGGAUGAAUUUCAAUGUCACAAGUACGAUCAGUGCAUUCCAAAGAGUUAUCACUGCGACAUGGAGAGAGACUGUCAGGAUGGCAGUGAUGAGAUCGGUUGCUCACCAGUUUAUAUUGUCAAACCCCCACAACCAAUGAUUGUUUUGUCUCCUGGUGACACAAUGAUCCUCUCUUGCACAGCCAUUGGUGUACCAACACCUGAGAUCAAUUGGAGAUUAAACUGGGGACAUAUACCUGAAAAAUGUUACUCGACAUCUACCAAUGGCACUGGUACACUCACCUGUCCUGACAUCAGCAUCUCUGAUCAGGGGGCAUAUUCUUGUGAAGCUAUCAAUACUGCUGGCUUUGUAUUUGCUAUUCCUGACUGUAUUCUCAUUGUCAAGGACAGACCAACUGUUUGUCCAAGAGGAACAUUCAACUCCCAAGCCAGAACACCUCAGGAUUGCAUUCCUUGCUUCUGCUUUGGAGUUGUUGAUGAGUGCAGAAGUGCCAAUCUAUUUACUUAUCAGAUUCCACCGCCCUUUGACAGACACAGAGCUCUGACUUUUGAUGUCGAAGCGUUGAGGAUUACUGGGGAGUUGGGAAGCCAGAUUGCGGAAAUCAGACCACAAGGAAGGGAUGGAGUUGAAAUUAGUAUUCAACAUUUUGAGAGUGUUGGGACAAAUUUAAGAUCAGGGUAUGAAGUACCUUAUUUCGCUCUCCCUGAAGCAUAUCUCGGACCCCAGCUCUUGUCUUAUGGAGGAUAUCUCAGGUACAAUGUGAGGUACAGUGGAAAUGGAAGGGAUAAUAGUGCUCCCAGUGUCAUUAUGACAGGAAACAAUAGAACUCUCAUUCAUCGGGGGAGGAACAUUCAGCCGGAUAAGGAGAGUGAGGAAUCUGUCAGGUUCUUCUAUGGCGAUUGGCACCGGAUGGAACGUGGCAGGGAAAUUCCAGCCAGCCGGGAGGAUAUUAUGAUGGUUCUUUCCCAUAUCGAUAAUAUUCUCAUCAAAGCCAAAUACGAGUCCAGUCCUCAGUUGGAUGUAUCUAUCACUGAUAUUGCAAUGGACUCCGCUCACGACACAGGAUCUGAAAUUGCAUCCUUCGUGGAAGAGUGUUCUUGCCCAUCGGGAUACUCUGGACAUUCCUGUCAAAGCUGUGCACCAGGUUUCCUGAGGCGAUCCGGAGGCCUCUGGCUUGGAGAAUGCUACAGGGAUGAGCCAUCAUGUCCACCUGGAUACUAUGGAGAUCCAUCGCGGAAUAUUGAAUGCAAACUCUGUCCCUGUCCUUUGACUAAUCCAGCAAAUCAAUUCACGAGAACUUGUCGUCUUGGUCCCAAUAUGCGACCAAUUUGCGAAUGUCCAGCUGGAUACGAUGGUGAACGAUGUGAGAAAUGUGCAGACGGAUACCACGGAAAUCCUCUCAUACCUGGAGAUAUGUGUGUCCUGGAUUCGGUAUGUGACCCCCGAGGAAGUCUCUCAGCCACAGCUGAUGUUAGUGGAAAGUGCAGGUGCAAGCAAUCUGCAACUGGAUUAACUUGUGAUCAAUGCAAGCCCAAUACCUUUAAUCUGGCGGUCAGCAAUCAAUUCGGAUGCAUCAGCUGUUUCUGCAUGGGUAUCACCAACCGAUGUUCCGAAUCGAACUGGUACAGGAAUGAGAUUCACGUAUCCUUCACUAAUUCCAUCCGCGACUUUUCUCUGAUCGAGUCCCUGCUGCCAGACGCACCUCAAAUCUCCACAGGAAUUCAUUUGGAUCCGACCCGCCGAGAAAUCAUCUACUCAGACUUCCAGAAUCGUGGAAACGGCGACGUUUACUACUGGCAAUUGCCCUCGAUCUUUCUGGGUGAUCGAGUGACAUCCUACGGGGGCAACCUACGCUACACAGUGCGCUACGUGCCAUCCCCAGGCGGUCAAAGCUCAAGGAACAACGCAGCAGACGUGGUGCUAGUGUCAUUCAAUGACAUCAACCUUCUGUAUUACUCUCGAGAAUCACCAGAGCCCAACUCUAAUCAAUCCUUCUCCGUUCCCCUGCUCGAGCAAUUUUGGCAGAGGACUGAUGGCACACAAGCAGACAGGGAGCACCUGCUGAUGGCCUUAGCCGACAUCAAAGCCAUAAAAAUCAAGGCAACGUACACAACUCAUACGAGUGAAGCAGCUCUGUCACACGUGUCACUGGAUAGUGCUGAAAAAUACAACACUGGCAAAGCAAAAGCCGUCGAGGUUGAGGAAUGCAACUGCCCCCGUAACUACACUGGACUCUCUUGUGAGGAUUGUGCACCAGGAUAUACUCGAGCCGACGAGGCACUCUACCUGGGAAUCUGCAAGCUCUGUGAGUGCAAUGGACACUCAACCCAGUGUGAUCCUGAGACUGGAGUCUGCGAAAACUGUGGAAACCACACAACUGGUGAGAAUUGCAACCAAUGUGAGCCUGGUUACAUUGGAGAUCCAACGAGGGAAGGCUGCAGGUACGGUGGACAACCCACUCAAAGCUGCAAUUGCAAUCCUGCCGGUUCUGUCUCCAAUCAAUGUAUCAACGGUCGUUGCGAGUGCAAAUUAAACGUCGAAGGAGCUAAUUGCAACAGGUGUCGUCCUGCCACCUUUGGUUUGACAGAAGACAAUCCCAAUGGGUGUAAUCAGUGUUUCUGCAGUGGUGUCACUGAUCAGUGUCACGAGAGCUCACUCUAUAUUCAGCAAAUUCCCUCCUGGGUUUAUGAUACCAAACAUGGAUUUAUCCUCACAGAUGCUUCUAGACGAGACAUUAUCGAUGAUGGAUUUGAUAUCAAUGUUGCUAUGAAUGAGAUUGGUUAUCAGUACAAUCGUGCAACGAGGAACAGAAGAUUAUUCUGGAGUCUACCUGCCACAUUCACAGGAAAUAAGAUAAAGAGUUAUGGUGGCAAUUUGACUUUGACACAGAGAUUCAGAGCUGAGGCAGGCGCUCAGAGCAUUGUCGAUCAGGAUGUAAUGCUUCUGGGUAAUGGAAUAUCACUGUUUUGGACUAAUUCGAGGAGUUUGUAUCCUGACAAUCAUAUCACGUAUUCAGUACCACUGAGGGAGUCAGAGUGGAGGAGAUUAUCUCCUGAAGGUCCUAGGAGACCAUCUAGGACGGAUAUGAUGACUGUUCUAUCGAAUCUAGAAGCUAUUCUUGUUCGAGCAACUUACAGUGAAGGAAUGAUCAGUACUUACAUCAGUGAUAUUAGCCUUGAUACAGCAGUCGAACAUUUCACUGGAAAGAACAGGGCAACGCAGAUCGAAAGCUGUCGUUGUCCACUUGGAUAUAUUGGAACGUCCUGUGAAUCGUGCUCACGUGGAUAUUAUCGUGAUUUCACUGAUAGAUCUGUCAGUGUUCUCGGUGCCUGCAAUGCCUGUCCUUGUAAUGAUCACGAAGAGAGCUGUGAAAUGAGUAGAGGUGGACAGAUCAAGUGUCAUUGCCUCUCUGGAUACACCGGUUAUUUUUGCCAGGAUAUUGCUGAGCUGCGGGUAGGUCUCAUGCCAAUGCAUGCAGAAGCACCGAGGAAUACGGAAAUCGACAUGAAGUGUUCAUACAGUCAUGGGCAAAAAUUGUACAUUUAUUUUAAAUUAUCCUCGUAUAAUGGGCUCCCAUUGACUACCUGGGCGAUGGAAGGAGGACCGCUUGUGGAGACUGAUUCUGGGGCUUAUAAAAUCUGGACGGUCCAUGUGGGAGAGCAUCCCUGUAUCGUAGAGUGUACAAUUCUGGAUCAGCAUGGGAAUGAAUUAGCUAUGAUAACGACAACAGUUUCACCAGUUGAUAAUCCAGCUACAACGAUGCGUCCAGAUCCUACUGGCAACGAGCCCCAACCCCCGAGGAUUUCUGUAUCCAUCCAAGAGGAUAAACUCCAAAUUGUUCACGUGGGAAGCACUGUGAAGUAUCAUUGCACUGGAAGAUCAUUGGAUAAUAAUCAAGUUCACAUUCGAUGGGAAAAAGAGGGUGGCAGACUCCCAGAUCGCAGUUUGGAUGAUUCUCAUGGACUUCUCAUUAUUCGGGAUGUCAAAGUAUCAGAUAGUGGUGUCUACAUCUGUCAAGUUACUGAUGGCAUUCAUAUUGCUGAUCAAAGAGUGACUCUUACUGUUGGAGGUGCCAAUCGAUUGGAGCCACAAGUUCACAUUCGUCCAGCAUAUCGAGAAAUUCGUGAGGGCGAACCCGUGGAGUUCCACUGUGAAGCCUCAGGCAAUCCUCCACCUCUUAUCGAAUGGGUGCGAGUGCAGGGUCAGAUGAAUCCAGAGGCAACAUUCCACAAUGGAGUCUGGAGGAUUCCAGCAGUGACGAAAAAUGACGCAGCAGAGUACAAGUGCAUCGCCAGAAACGAACUUGGUGUAAAAGAGCAAACAACGAUUCUCUACGUUUUGAAGAAUCCCAACGAACCACCCCCCGACCGUUAUCCUGAUGUUGGACCAGUGAUAACACCUCAGGAGUGGACUGGAGUGAGUGGGGAUGCUAUCAGAAUGGUCUGCACAAGAUCCAAUUAUCAUGCUGAUGUCCACUGGACAAGAUCUGGAGGAUUACCAUUGCCUCCAUCAGCCAGUCAAACUGAUGGAGUCUUAACAAUUACAAAUCCUGGAGUAGCUGAUUCAGGAACUUACAUUUGCGUUGCAUUAAGUUUACAAGGGACUGAAACCUCAACAUCAUCCAGAAUUACCAUUUCUCCUCGAAGAAAUCCACCAAUGAUGAAGGUAGAGCCGGAAAAACAAACAGUCUCCCAAGGUACAAUUGCUGAGCUGAAAUGUCUUAUCAACGACCAGAAUUCUGACAUCGAGGUCAAGUGGUCCAAGCAUGGCGAGAGUUCUCUGGGUCCUCGGGCCCAGCAAUAUGGAAAUACUCUCAAGAUUAUUCGUCCUCAAGUGUCAGACCGAGGAAUUUACAUUUGUCGAGCAACAAAUUCCGCUGGAGUGUUCGAGGCAUCUGCCAUCAUUGAAGUAUCACCACGAGAAGUUCCUGCCCUUGAUAUCUACCCUCACAAUAUUCAACCAGUGAAUCUCGGAGGAUCAGCAGAUCUUCAGUGUCGAGUUACUGCUGGUUUUCCAGUCCCUGAGGUCCACUGGUCUCGUCAAGACGGUCGACCAUUUGGAUCGAAUAUUGUUAGUCUUCCUGGAGGGCUUCUUCGUUUUACUAAUAUUACAAUGAAUGAUGGGGGCAGUUACCAGUGUACAGCGAGUAAUGCAGUUGGUUCCACAUCUGCUCUGGCUCAAAUUGAAGUUCAAUCGAUUCCAGUUAUCAGGGUUAGUCCAAACACUGGUAUAAUUAGGGUCAGACAGAAUGAGAGGGUGAAAUUGGUAUGCACUGCUGAAGGCCAUCCUCAACCCAAUGUUGCCUGGACUAAAAAUACCCCGGGAUAUCCGAGUUACACGUCUUUCAAAUCUCCUCAUCGCGCCACCCCGCUGUCAGCAGUUCAUGAAAUUGUUGCAAUGUCUCCUGAUGAUGAAGGUUCUUACACAUGUCAAGCUGUCAACGCAGCCGGUGUCUCCGAAGAACGAGUUCAAGUGAGAAUAGAAGACGAGGAUAACAGUAUUGACAAUUAUCCACCUUGCAGAGGUGACCAGCCCUGUAACAGAACUCCCCGUCCCUAUCCAAUUGAAUCUCAGGAAAAAGGAAGAGGAAAAGGUGUCAGCAUCCCCGAGGAUUACGUGAGAAUUCCCAUGGGUGGUAAAGUGGAAAUGAGAUGUCAAGUGGUUGGUCCUGAUGAUUCACCCAUUUACCUCGACUGGAUAAGAUCAGAUCGUCGAGCAUUACCAGCGGGUAGUACUGUUCACGAGGGAGUUCUCGUAAUUCCUGACGUGCGCAGGGAUGCAGCUGGAGAAUAUCUCUGCUUGGGUCUGGACAGGGACAAUACCGAGUUAUUCAGAGCCACGAGUCACCUGGAGGUCGUAUCACUGCCUAGAAUUGAAUUGAACCCCAGUACUCAGACAGUUGCACCAGGAGAGAGUCCCUCAAUAGUUUGUACAGCCACUGGUGAUCAACCCUUGAGAAUCCAAUGGAGCUCUAUUGGCAGACAAUUACCCUCCAGUGUCACUGAUGAUAAUGGAGUUCUAAGCUUCCAUGGAAUAACUUUCAAUGAUGCUGGGAAAUAUGUAUGCAAGGCGAGUAAUUCCGCUGGUACUGCUGAAGCUGUAGCCGAGGUUCUCGUCAAUGCUGAGACGUACGGUGAACCUGGGAUUCGAGCUAUCGAGAGAAAUGUUGAUGCAGUUACAGGAAGCUCGAUAAAAUUGAGGUGUGAUACCAGAGAGAGAGUCGCUAUUGGUUGGAUGAGAGAGGGUCAAGCACUUCCAAGAAAUGCUGUCAUUCAGAACAAUCAGUUGCGACUGGAGAGAGUCAGACCAGAAGACAGUGGACGAUACAUCUGCCAAGUCACCAACAGUAGAGGAGGCGUAUCCAGUGAUUACGUUAAUGUCCACGUCUCACUAGUUAAUUCGCUUGAGGAUUGCAUGCCAAUGUACCAUACGGUACUGUGUGCCAACGGGCUGUACCUGUGCAGAAGCAAAGAGUGCAUUACACUGGAUAAUGUUUGUGACGGCUAUGUACACUGCAGCGAUGCAACUGAUGAACGUUACUGCAGGAUCACGCAAUAUCGACAGUAUCUCCAACGACGACGCGCACCAGCCGGACCAGUCGUUCAUAUUGAGCCUUCUGGUGAUAUUGUCAAUAUUGGGGAUACUUUCAAUCUUCGAUGUGUAUUUUCAUCGGGACAAACCGGAACUCCUACGUACAGGUGGUACAGAGCUGAGGAUGGAUCACUUCCUGCUACUGCUCAAGUAUACGAUGACAAGCUGAGGAUUGUCAAUGUCCAAAUGACGGACAGCGGAGUCUACAAGUGUAGAGUCGAUACCGCUGAGGGCAGCUUCGAACAAAAUUACAAUCUUAUUGUUCAAGGUGGCGAAAACGACGAACCAGCUAUUGAAAUGAAAAGUGUUCCCUACGGAUCGAGCAUAGAAAUGGGCUGUAAAGUUGACUUCGACGGUCCAAUUACAUACAAGUGGAGUAAACUUAAUGGACUGCUACCAGCGGUUUUGAUCCAUGACAAAAAAAUGACAUUGAUAAAAGUUCGAGCGGAAGAUGCUGGGACAUACAUCUGCACUGCGUCAAACGGGCCAGAAACUACGGAAGUUCCAACGGUUCUUGUUGUCACUGGAGUUGUCCCCAACUUUAAUCAAGCACCGCUAAGUUACAUUGCACUGAGGCCUUUGCACGGUUCUUACAGAAAGCAUAAUAUCGAAGUGUCAUUCAAGCCAGAGAGUGAUAAUGGAAUUAUUCUGUAUAAUGCUGAGUCUUCUAAUGGCAGCGGAGACUUCGUCAUUCUUUCUUUGAACGAUGGAGUCCCAGAGUUCAGAUUCGAUUUGGGCUCUGGUCCAGCAAUAAUUAACGCUCGCAGACCCAUUUCACUAGGUGAAUGGCACACAAUUAAAUUACAACGUAAUAACAAAGAGGGAUUGAUGCUCGUUGAUGGAGAGGGCCCUUACAAACGUGCAGCUGGUGGCAGAAAACAAACGUUGGAUGUCAAGGAGCCACUUUAUAUUGGAGGAGUGCCUGAUCAGGUUGUACUGCAUUCAAACACUGGAGCCAAAGGCAUUGGCUUUGUUGGUUGCAUCUCUAGACUCGUCAUCAAUGAACAGACCAUUGAUCUUAUCGGAAAUCAAACUGACAGCUUCGGGGUUACAACUUGUGAAACGUGCUUGGAAAAUCCUUGUCACAAUUCUGGAGUUUGCCAGGAGGCGCCUACGAAAGAAGGAUAUACGUGUCUGUGCAGACCAGGAUAUACUGGGGCACAGUGUGAUUUUAAUGGGCAACCAUGUUACCCAGGCGCUUGUGGGCGAGGUACUUGCGUAGAUACAGAGAACAGCUUCAAGUGUCACUGCCCACAGGGUACAUAUGGAUCACGUUGUGAACACUUUGGUCACGUUGAACAACCAGCCUUCAGAAAUUCCCGUUCUUUUCUCGCUUAUCACGCUCCGAGCGAAAAGUCCAAGCGAGCACACGUGAGAAGUACCAAACAAACAAAACGAUCUCACGAUGGAUACUUGGCGAAGCUUAAAAAAUCAAGAUUAUUACAUCCCAAAAAGCACCCAAAACACCAUAGACAGAUAUUAACAAACAUGAUAUUGACGCUCUCCAUGAAUUUCAAUCCAUCGGACAAUGGGGACGAACUACUUGUGUAUUGCUCAGAGACUGAUGAAGGUGUUGGCGAUUUUAUAGCUGUUGUUAUAAAAGAUCGACAUGUUGAGUUGCGCUUUGAUGUGGGAAGUGGAAUGGUUGUGGUGAGAUCUAAUUAUAUUAUUCAGCCGGGAUCUUGGACAAGGAUUGAGAUCCAUCGGGAUUUGAAAGAUGGAAAGCUGUCGGUCAAUGGUGAAGUAAUUAUUGAAGGAAAAUCCACUGGGACUGCUAGACUUAUGUCAUUGAAUACACCUUUGUAUAUUGGAGGUGUCAACAGAACUAGAAUCCGAAUAAAUAAACAUGUUGAUGUGACAAGACACUUCCACGGUUGCAUCAAUCAGUUGGAGAUAUCUGGAAAGUUACACUUGUUGAACUCCACAAUUGAUUCAGCAAAUAUCGAAAACUGUGAAAUAUCAGCAAUACCAUGGAAUCACAGCAGUUCGCCUUUUCCAAUUGUUCCUGUAUUUCGCCACGAAACCCCUCUGACACCUGUUAUUUAUCAGAUGACAUCUGUAACUCCACCUCCUUACAAUCCCUGCGACGAGGAGCCGUGCAAACACGGAGCUUGCCAAAUUUCCAAUAGCUACGACGGUUACUCUUGCAUUUGUGAAUAUGGAUAUGUGGGAAUUAAUUGUGAAAAUGUACUCAGGCAGUGCGAAAUGCUGAAGCCUUGCAAGAAUGGAGGGACUUGCUUAGAAAUGCAUGGAACAUAUAAAUGUGACUGUCCACUUCGAUUCAGUGGGACAAAUUGUGAAAAACAGGUAAAAAUUGCUUAUGAUGUUGCAUUCAGAGGGGAUGGCUGGCUAGAGCUUGAGCGUACGGUGAUGACUCAUGAGGAAGAUCGUGAAUUAAUGGGAUUUGAAAUAUCCACUAACAAAACUAACGGUCUGAUAAUGUGGCAUGGACAACCGCCUGAUGACUUGAACCCUGACGAUUACAUUGCACUUGGAAUUAUUGAUGGUUACAUAGAGUAUCAGUACAAUUUGGGGUCAGGUCCAGCUGUAAUCCGUGUAACAACGCAACGUGUCGACGACGGCGAACGACACAGGAUAAUCCUAAAGCGACAGGGAACUGAUGGCAGCAUUGAAUUAAACGGUGAACACACCGAAAGUGGUGUUAGCGAUGGAAUACAGAGGAUACUUAAUGCACGUGGCAACGUAUACCUCGGUGGUGUGCCGGAUUAUGCCAUGACGUAUGGCAGAUACUACAGCGGUUUCUCAGGGUGUAUUUAUACACUCGAAGUUCAGGACUCAGGUGCUAUUGAUAUUGGAGAGAUGGCUGUUAGAGGAAAGAAUGUCUUUCCCUGUACGAGAGUGAGAUGGAAUCCCUCUUCUCUGGUAUUCACAGACGGGGAUAUGGAUGGGUUCGAUGCCUUCAUACCGCCCCCGCCAGUCAACAUAAUCCAUCCAAAACCAACUGUUAAUAUAGCCUCCUACAACCCUACAAAUUUAUACAUCCCCAUUAUCAUUCCGUUGACGUGCGUAAUUAUCAACGCAGCAGCGACAAUUACACUAGGAAAUUGUUUUUAAAAUUGGUUGAUCUAUGCAUAUAUAUUCUAUGGUUUCGUUGAUUAUUUCAGAAUUUGAAGUGAAGAACUAGAUAUUCAAUGCUUACCUAAAUAUCCUUGAGAAUUCAUAUCCAAAUGUAAUGAAGAGUGAGAUGUGAUUAUGGAGCUAGAGCAGCUUUAGUUUUGUGAGAAUUCUCUUUUUUAAUUUAACAUUUUUUUUUCCAUGGAGGGAUAUAAAAAUGUAAUUAAAAAUGAUGUACAUGGUGGCGCGUAUUUAGGGUGUAAUAUGUCUUGGGGGAGUGACUUUUUUAAAUGAAAAAAGUGAUAACGUUUAUAUCGAGGAGAUCUUCCAACGCGGGGCUGACGGAUCAUGUGGCAUUGAAGGGAUUCGCUUUUAACUCUAUACCCGCGCUUCAAAAUUAUCAAAUGGAUUCAUCUAUCCUAUGUGCAUAUCGUACAUUAUAGAAAAAUAUAAGAGUGAUGAAGAGUUCUGUGGUCGGAGGGGAAACAGGUAAAUGAUAAUGUAAAAUUUGCGAAAUGAAAAAUUAAUGGACCACUGGAGAUUUCUCCAGGAACUAUUGAAUAUGUUGAAUGAUAGUUUUUCCUCUCCACAGAAUUUGCGACUGUCAAAAAUUUGCAAAUUCAAUUUUACACUGAGAAAAAAUAGCUUAAAAUCAUACAAGUAUUUUUACAAAUAUUUAGAGACGAUUGAACAAAUUAUUUAAGCCGUGGAUAACAGAUUUUUCAUUCCAAUAGAACGAAAAUUGUGGAUUACAAGAUAUAUAUUUUCGUUUUACGAGUUUCGAUGAGUUUUCAUCAGUGUAAAAAUGAAUAGGAGGAAUGCCUACGCUAAUUACCCACUUUUAUACAAACAUUUAAAGUUAUGUAGACGCCUACAACUCGCAUGGCAGCAGUUCUCUGCAAUUUUUCAAAAACAAUUUAAAAAAUACUCAAUACACAUUUUUGACGCUUUACCGUACUGAAGGAAACAAAAUUUUCGUAUUAAUUUAAUUAAAUUUUUUAUAUAUUGUGUGGAAGAAAACCGGGAAGGAAUGUAAAAUACCUCUGAUUUUACUGUUAAAACGAGAAAGUGCGGAUAAUAAUUUAUUCACUGCCAGUGUUUAAUUUAAAUUUACUUUUUCCUUGAUAAAAAAUUUUCUAGUAAUUACCAUUUUAUAGAUGAAUUUAAAACCCUUUUCCAUGAUUUCCAGUUAAACUUAAAAUACGUAAUGUUAGAAACUGACUGAACGGUGCAUUCAUUAUUAAUUGAUUGUUCUUUUUGAAUUUAUUGAGAAAAACUCUAUAGUAAUUGUAAUCGAUGCGAUUAAAAAAUUGAAAGUAUGCAAUGCAAGUGACGAAUACAACAAAAAAAAUAAUGAAAGUGUAGCAGGUACUGUUAUAUAUAAAUUAUAUGAAUUGAAAUGACAAUAAAUAUAGUUUUGAUAAGU